AUGGACGGAGCGCAGCGCUUAUCACCCAACACGCAGAAGCAGGGCCGCCGUCGGCGGUCCAGCAGCAUCAUCUACCAGGAGCCGCCUGAGUCGAUGGAACAAAUCAGUGAUCAAGCUGCGCUUCCCAACCUGAACGCCAACUGGGUCAAUGCCAAGGGUGCUUGGACAAUCCAUUUCGUGUUGAUCGCCGCCCUCAAGAUUCUCUUCGAUAUCAUCCCGGGCGUCUCACAGGAAACUUCAUGGACCCUCACCAACAUCAGCUACAUGUUCGGCUCUUUCCUCAUGUUCCACUGGGUGAGGGGCAUUCCCUUUGAGUUCAACGCCGGCGCCUAUGACAACCUCAAUAUGUGGGAGCAGAUCGACAACGGUGAUCAAUACACACCGGCCAAGAAGUUUCUGCUUUGCGUCCCGAUUGUGCUGUUCCUCCUCAGCACGCACUAUACCCACUACGAUCUCACCUACUUCACGAUCAACUGCCUGGCGACUCUGGCAGUUGUUAUUCCCAAGUUGCCCUUUUCGCAUCGGCUGCGGAUAGGUCUGUUCUCCGAUAUACCCGACGAUUCAUAG